AUGGAGCCAACCACGCCCCCCACCCAAGCCAAGACGCUGCGCAUCGGUGUCGACGUGGGCGGCACCAACACGGACGGCGUGCUCCUAGACCCCUCCGCGACAGCCCCCUCGCCACGCGUCCUAGCAUGGCACAAGACCGCCACGACCUCCGACCCAGGCGACGGGAUCCGCGCCGCCGUCGCGGGCGUUCUCGCCUCCGCCUCGGUGUCCCCCUCGCGCGUCGCCGCCGUCUCCAUCGGCACGACGCACUUCGUCAACGCCGUCGUGGGCCGCGACGCCUCGCGCCUGUCGCGCGUCGCCGUGCUGCGCCUGUCCGGGCCCUUCGGCCGCCACUCUCCUCCCUGCGUCGCCUGGCCCCCGGAUCUGCGCCGCCUGGUGCUGGGGUACCACGCCUCGGUGCCGGGCGGGCUCGAGGUCGACGGGCGGCCGAUCGCCGAGCUGGACGAGGCGGCGGUGCGGCGCGAGUGCGCCGCCAUCCGGGCGCGCGGCAUACGCAGCGUCGUGGUCAACGGCGUCUUCAGCCCCAUCGACGCCGUCCUGCGGCAGGAGGAGCGCGCGGCGGUCGUCGUGCGCGAGGAGCUGGGGUCCCGGUGCGACGUCGUGUGCUCCGCCGAGGUGGCCGGCUUGGGCUUCUUGGAGCGCGAGAACGCCGCCGUGCUGAACGCGUCGAUCCUGGCCUUUGCGCGGAGGACUAUCCGGUCGUUCCGCGCACCCCUUAGACGCCUUGGCCUCGACUGCCCCGUCUUCAUCACCCAGAAUGACGGAACCGUCCUGUCCGGCGAGGUGGCCGCCCGCCUGCCCAUAAGGACCUUCUCCAGCGGUCCGACCAACAGCAUGCGCGGGGCCGCCUUCUUGGUCCAGGGGCAGGUGGACGAGGCGAUGAUGGUGGUCGACAUCGGCGGCACCACGACGGAUGUCGGCCUGCUCCUCGCGAAUGGAUUCCCGAGGCAGCAAGCAGCGUACAGCGAGCUGGCCGGGGUGAGGAUGAAUUUCUCGUGUCCCGACAUCAAGAGCAUUGGCCUUGGGGGCGGGUCCAUCGUUCGGAAAGGGCCCGUGAUGACGAUCGGCCCGGACAGCGUCGGGUACAAACUCAUCGAGGAAGCGCUGGUGUUUGGCGGGAGUGUCCUGACCGCAACGGAUUGCGCAGUCGCGGCCAAUCCCAGCCUCCAGAUCGGAGAUCGUGCCCUGGCCGAAAACGCGCUGAAGGAGGAUGAGGUCGAGCAGUUCAAGCUGGCGGUGAAACGCAAGCUAGAGAAGGCUAUUGAUACCAUGAAGACAUCUCCAGGUAAUAUUCCGGUUCUCCUCGUGGGAGGUGGCGCAAUCUUUGCCCCGGAUGAGCUCGAAGGGGCAAGCAAAGUUGUGAGGCCGAAAUGGGCAGAAGUAGCCAACGCCGUCGGGGCCGCCACUGCCGCUGUCAGUGCCGUUGCGGAUAGAGUUAUUUCUACCGAGUCCAAGACGAUGCAGGAACUCCUGGAAGAAAUUUCUCAGGAAGCCAUCGAAAAAACAAUUGCCGCUGGGGCAACUCGCUCCUCGGUGAAGGUCGUGGAGGUAGAGACAUUACCGCUGCAGUACGUCGAAAACAUAUCCAGGUUCAUCGUCCGAGCGGCCGGAGAGUUUGACUUCUCUCGGACAGACCUCGUCAGCGACCCACCCUUGGACUCCGGGGAACCCGAACUGGAACCGAGCCAAGACGAGCAACUCAUCCAGCAGCCGCUCGCUCAACAAGAGAGAACAAAUGCAGAACCCGAAAUCAACAUCGAUACCUAUCGUCCUAGAGUCCAGGACCGGGUCUGGUACGUAUCGGAGACCGAUCUCGACUGGAUCACCACGGGCUGCUACAUCCUCGGCACCGGCGGAGGCGGCAGCCCCUACUCACACAUGGUGCGCCUCCGUGAGAUGCUCCGCUCCGGGUCUGUCGUGCGCGUGAUCAACCCGCACGACCUGCCGGACGACGCCCAGGUCGGCGGUGGCGGGGGCGUUGGGUCCCCGACGGUCGGCAUCGAGAAGCUCGCCGGGGACGAGAUGGUCGAGGCGCAGGUCGAGCUGUACAAGAUCUGCGACAGGCCGGCGACCCACAUGAUCGCCGUGGAGAUCGGCGGCGCCAACGGGCUGCAGAGCAUGCUGCUGGGGGCGAGCACGAGCAUGGACCUGCCCGUCGUCGACGGCGACUGGAUGGGGCGGGCAUACCCCACCAAGUGGCAGACGACGCCUGUGGUGUUCAACGAGCGCACGCCCAUCUGGUCGCCCAUCGCCAUGUCCGACGGGAACGGCAACGUCGUCGUGAUGCCCAAGGCGUCGUCGGAUAUGCAGGUCGAGCGGAUCAUGCGCGCGGCGCUCAGCCAGAUGGGGUCGCAGACGGGCUGCGCCGAGCCUCCAGUCACCGGGGCCGAGACGAAGAGGUGGGUUGUCGAGCACACGAUAUCCCAGUCGUGGAGGAUCGGGAGGGCGGUUGCCAGAGCGAGGAAGGCGAACCGCGUUGACAGUGUGGCCGAGACGAUCGUCGACGAAUGCGGAGGCCCGGACGCGGCCAGGGUAUUGUGGAAGGGGAAGAUUGUCAGCGUCGAGAGGACGCUGAGAAUGGGCCACGUAUACGGCGAGUGCAUUAUCGAAGGCGCCGACGUCAGGGAUGCCGAUGAUGUGGUCACGGAGUCGGGAGACCCGCCCGCGGCCCAGUUCAGGGGAACCAUCAAGAUCCCGUUCAAGAACGAAAACAUCGCCGCCAUCAGGAUCCGUGACUCAGGCAACAACCAGGACAAAGAGAGGCAGGAGGAUGUCCUUGCCAUUGUCCCCGAUCUUGUUUGCGUCAUCGAUGCUCAGAAUGGCGAGGCAAUCGGAACCCCCGAGUACAGGUACGGCUUGCUGGUCAUCGUUCUGGGCAUCGCGGCAAGCGACCGCUGGACAGGGACGGAAAGGGGCAUUUCGAUCGGUGGUCCCGAGGCUUUCGGCUUCAGCCACUUGAGCUACAAGCCGCUGGGCAAGUUUGUGAAGCCGAAGAGCGUGAUCGACGAGUUCGAUGCGAACUGA